AAGUAAUUGAUUGCAUUCAUUAGCAAAUCCCUGCCGUUGUCAGUGUGCGAAAGGACUUUCUUCAACUUCGUGUCGAGCAAGGUGUUUUAGCGCACGGGCCACCAAUGACAUACAUGUCGUCAAUUGAGAAUUGCUGAAACUGAAGCGAAUGAGUAUCACAGCCUUGAGAACUCGACUUCGCAUUCUCAUACCAGUUACCGGAACCUUUGAAAAAUCCCGACCCAUCAAACGCAUCGUCACACUUUCCUGCCUCUAGACUAUAACGCCAUGGCAUCCUGCCGCUUUGUCAGACCCUUCCUUGGUCGGAGGAUACCGAACAUGCCCGUCCUGGCAAACACUUUCUCAAAAUGUCGCCCUAUGAGCACCGACACAGCUCUCCCCUUGGCCUACGAACUACAUGAACCAUCCGGCUCAAAGACAACACAACCGGCCGGUCCACCUAUCCUCUUUCUUCACGGUCUAUUCGGCUCUAAAAAGAACAACCGCAGCAUUAGCAAAGCGCUCGCCCGUGAUCUCAGUCGGCCUGUUUAUGCCUUGGAUUUGAGAAACCACGGAGAGUCUCCACAUCACAAACAGCAUGACUAUCUCUCCAUGGCCGAGGACGUUGCUCGCUUCCUAUCCCAGCAUAAUGUGAAGGAGCCAACCGUUAUCGGUCACUCCAUGGGCGCUAAGACAGCCAUGACCCUCGCGCUCAAGUCUCCCGACCUGGUCCGAGAUAUCAUUUCAGUCGACAAUGCCCCCGUCGACGCCAUUCUCAGCACAGACUUUGCAAAGUACGUGAGGGGGAUGAAACAGAUUGACAACGCCGGUGUCACCCGCCAAGCCGAUGCCGAUGCCAUCCUUAAGGACUAUGAACCGUCCCUCCCCAUCCGCCAAUUCCUCCUUGGGAACCUCCACCGGCCGGAUCGGAAUAGCCCACAGCAGAAGUUCCGCGUUCCUCUCGACAUCCUCGGCCGCUCCCUCACGAACAUGGGCGACUUCCCCUGCAAGGACCCCAACGCCGUCCGCUUCGAGAAGCCCGCCCUCUUCAUCCGCGGCACCGAGAGCAAGUACGUCGCCGACGACGUCUUGCCUCUCAUCGGCCAGUUCUUCCCCAAGUUCCGCCUAGUCGACGUCAAGGCUGGGCACUGGCUCAUAUCCGAGAACCCCGAGGCUUUCCGGGAAGCCGUGCUCGAAUUCUUAAGGAACCCGUAUUAGAGACACAAUAUUCGCCAUCUUGCCAUUACCUAUUACCUUCCCCGCUUCUCAAGGACUGGAUGUUGUCUUCGCAUUGUCAUUUAUUACUUGUUCAAUUAGACUUAGAAUAUAGACCGGGGGCUCUGUGUCAUAGUGCUCAAUAUCACGGCUUCUCUUGUCUGGAUAGACAUGUUCGGCUAGAUGGUUGCAAUUGUUACUUUAUGGGAGCUGAACAUUAGGGGCACUUGUGUUUCGUGAUACUUGACCCUUACUCAACGAGAGUGCGCUCGUCGACUUGAUC